CUUCGUUUGAUCUUUUACGUGAUUGGCUGCGAGUUUUUUGUUUGUAACAUUGUUUUAAAUUUAAGUCUGAGUCGGAGAUGUUUAAAGAAAGAAGAAAGGAGUUUGGAGAUCGUUUUAGUGAGAGUUGAAGCCAUGGAGAGUUGGGAGAAGGAUGGAGAACAUCCGUGAGACUUAACGGCGAGCGAAUGUGCAACUGAAUUUCUACAAUUCCGAGGAAAGACUGCUCGAACUCUGGAGAGAACCCACGUGUGGGAUCGACUCGUUUCUCAAAGGAUUGUCUCCAACGUUGGAAUCUCCAAGUUCUUCCUCACCAUUUAUCUGCAGAAGCCAAAUCCGCUUUUCAGAGGAAACCCUCAAGCACUGUGGAGUAUGACUGAGGAAGCCUCACCAGCACUUGGGGUCAUUCUCUCUGGUGAACUUAUUUAGAACCUGCAUUUAUGGGGAUGUCAUGAAGAUUGACACAACAGGAGCAUCAGAAAAAACUGCUCGUCAAGACAAACUGACUGUUCAAGGGGUGGAUGCAUCCUACAAGCUUGCAGAACAUGACUUCAACAGGAUGAAAAAAUACCGUGACCUCAUCAUCAAGGUGGGACGGGCUCAGCAAAUGGACCCGGCUGUCAUUAGUGGAAUCAUCUCCCGGGAGUCUCGAGCUGGGGCUGCACUGAAGGAUGGCUGGGGCGACCAUGGAAAUGCCUUUGGACUCAUGCAGAUUGACAAGCGGUACCACACGCCAAGGGGAGAAUGGGACGGCGAGGAGCACCUCACCCAAGGCACCCAGAUUUUGAUAGACUUCAUAAAAAAGAUCCAGAGUAAAUUCCCAGGCUGGCCCAAGGAGCACCAAUUUAAAGGUGGAAUAUCAGCCUACAAUGCCGGAGACAAAAAUGUCCAAACUUAUGAACGCAUGGACGUUGGGACCACUGGAGGUGACUAUUCCAAUGAUACAGUGGCCAGAGCCCAGUGGUUCAAGCGAAAUGGCUUUUAAGAGAGAAAAAUAAGCCUUGGACCCUGGUCACGGAAGUGAAAUUCAGAUGGCUGGAUUAAAAUCAUUUAAUUUAAAAACAAUUACAUAAGUAUAGUUGAUGUGGACUCUGGGGACUGAUUUGGGUGCGCACUUUUCAUCUGAUGAAUUUAUAAAAAGCUUUAAGUAUUUUGCUUUUCUUAGUUAGUUCAGACCAUUCAGGAAAUAUUCGGCAACAUCCCCUCAAUGGGGGUUAUGACAUAACAUGCAUCACAACGUAAUAUCAGAAUCUGAAAUAUAUACAAUUAAUCAGUAAUAAUAAAAAUAGUCUGGAUUGGUUUGAAGUAUGUUAAUAAAUCCAUUUUAGAAUUGAUGCUUCUAACAUUCUGUAAAUGUAAUAGUCCAAGCCCUUGCGUACAUGAUUUUAAAUCAAGCAGAGUCUCCAAGGUACCAGAAGGUACACUGGUAGAAUGAUCAAUGUCAAUAGGCUUAGUGUUUAGCACAAUGUUUACGAAGUUAAAAGGAGUACCUUUAAUAUGAAGGGAAGGGAACUGGUAGGUACUGGUAGUAGUUUGAGUCAUGUGUAUCCCUUUUUGUUUGUACUCCCUUUGCUUUUUCAAAGUGCGUCUUUUUGUGUGUGUUAUUUCCAUUGUGCUUUCUUUAAAUAACAAAUUUGUUUAAUUAGACAGCACGCAUUGUUUGUCCAAGACAAAUUUCCUUUGGGACAAUAAACUUUUUCUUAUCUUA